ACGUACGGAAGAGCAUUUUAAGCUUUAAAAAAGUAGUGCAAAUUCACUUUAUAGAACAGAUCGAUAUGCAAGAAGGGAAUGAAAGUGAGAAGGAGUCGUUUAAAUUUUCCGAAAGACGACAAGUCAUUCAAAUUACAUUUAAUGCAAUUUUUGUGUUGCUUACAAUCACCGGCAACUCGUUAAUAUGUGCUGCAUAUCAUUUGAACAAGACCAUCCGAACGCCUUCUAACGCAAUUGUCCUAAGCAUGGCUUACUGUGACCUUCUAAUGGUAUUGAGUUUUGUUUUCAAGAUAACCAGUGCUUUAUGUGAAGGGAGUAUUCGUACGUAUGUGUGUAUGGUGUAUUCAUCGUUUGGAUAUAUCAUCACUUCACUCAUCAUCUUCCAUCUCUGUGCUAUCAGUAUUGAUCGACUUUUAGCAGUAAAGUACUCUCUCAGAUAUAACUCCAUGGUCUCUCGCGCUAGAGUAAGUCGCUGUUUGAUCGGGAUUUGGAUGUUUGGACUUUUUCAAAUCGCGAUGAUUCCAGUGGUGUUGAAGUCGUCGAAAAUAAGGUCAACGCUAGAUACAACGAUUGAUCCCUGCAUGGCAUUUUGGACCCGACCAGCGAAUAAGAACACAACAUGGGAUAAUCUUUCGACCAAGUUCAAAGUCUUUUUAAUUUGCAUUUUGAUUUUCGUCUUUCUUCUCCCUAUUUUGAUCAUCGUAAUUUCGUACUGUUACAUUUGGAAACAAGCAAUGAAUCACGUUAAACAGAUAAAAGCUCAGAAACGUGCCUUGAACAAAAGGCCCGAUGAAAAAUAUUUUCAAAUUCACCUCAAAUCUACCCAGACGUUUGCGAUAGUUAUUGGGAUUUUCCUAGUAUGUUUCCUGCCCGUUUUUGCCGUCAUGUGUGAGAGAAUCCUAUUUUUUACGACUGUGACAGAAGCAGAAGCUUCACUUGUCUUAAUGUUGGCUCACACUUCUGUAAUAUGGAAUCCUUUUAUUUAUGCUUGGCGAAAUCGAGUGUUCAGAAAGGCAGUUAAGAGACUAAUUGCCUCAAGGCGUCGCUGAGCUCAAGCUUCAAACUUUCUUACGAUUACAACCACAAAAAUCAAUAUCUUAAGUUUUUCGCUUCACCAACUUGAAAAAGAUUAUCUUGAAUAAGCCUAUGUAUAAAGGCUAAGACAACGAAAGCGCAAUUUUUCAAGUCUGUGGUCAGCCAAAUAGUGAAGAAGUAAUCUGGUAGCACUCGCAAAGCUUCGCAAGUAUCAACUGUUGGGGUAAACAUAGCAAAACCUAUCCACAACAAACACAUUAUAGAACAUAUGUUGAACCUUAUUAUAGUGAAAUGGUAUGGUCUCAUUAGUGCUUUAUUUACGUAACGGUGGAAUAAACGGUUCUCUUCGGCCAUUAAUUUAAAAAGCCUGUUGCAGGAACAAAAGUAUUGAAUUACGGAAGCAGAACAACGGUUUGCAAAACAGCUUUAGCGAAUAUAUUGCUGGGCCUGGUUGUUUGAA